GAAAGUCAUCGAGUUCUGAUUCGACACGAUUACUCAGAAGGACACCGCUUUUUCAGAGUCAUUUCGCCGGCAGGUAACUCGGAAAUUCCUUCCUGUGAACCGUUAAAUUUGGUAUCUAUCUCAUUGUGGGUCAAAGGCUGUCUAACUGCAGAUCAUGGCUUUUCAUCGCUGUGCCAGACGGCAAACCACCUCGAUGUGAAUCGUGCUUGUCUUCGCAUUGCCAAUCAACUCCGUGCAUGCUGGUCAAACCUCAUUCUCGUACCCGCAUCACAAUACCAAGAUGUCGCCGCAUCGCUUGUAUGGAUUAAGAACAAACGAGAUAAUGCUUUCAAAAGAGAUACCGCAUCAAUUCGAGUGGAACGUUUAAUUUGCCUGGAAGAUAUGCUAGCGGUGAUUGGAAGCCUGCUUGAAGUGACUGUUGAUGAUACGCCAUUAUGGGAACAAAAUAUUAGUGCACUGAGUCAAUUUGCGUGUAAAUUGCACACAAACGCACCCGAUAAAUGCCCUUGCGUUGUUGGAAAAGCUGCAUGGUGA